AUGAGCUUGAUCGCAUCGCCUCCCUCCUCCAGCGCCAGGUUACCCAACAUGCAGUUCCACGAGCCGUUGAUCAAAGUUGCCGCAUGCGAUUGCAUGUCCGGAAACACUGACAAGGAAUUCGCUUCACACACUUCACACAUUGAAGGGACGUAUCCCUCCAAGACGGGGUUCAGAAUCGACAUUCACACACACAUCAUGCCCCCUUCAUUACCAGACAUGUCGCAAUUUGACGACUCGUCAAAUCGCAACGAAUGGAUCAAUUUACGACUUCACAAGCCAUCUCCAUCCUCUUCCGAAUCGAGUUCCCCGUCCCAAAAGUUGGACAUGUAUGUUGGAAGGCGGUUUUUCCGGACCGUCGAAGCCAAUUGCUUCGACCCCGAGACUCGCAUCAAAGAAAUGGAUGCAAGCGGCGUGUCCGUGCAGGUCCUCAGCACGAUUCCAGUUCUAUUCUCGUACGACAAACCCAUCAAGCCCGCGGCAAUGCUUGCGCGGCUGUUAAACGACCACAUUGCCUCUCUUUGCCGAGUCUACCCUAGCCGAUUCGUCGGCCUCGCGACGGUGCCUCUGCAGGACGUUGCCGCCGCCGUGGAGGAGUUGAAGCGCGUAAAGGGCCUGGGGCUAAGAGGCGUCGAGAUUGGCACCGAGAUAAACGGACGGGAGCUGGACGACCUGGACAUGGAGCCGUUUUGGAAAGCAUGCGAGGAGUUGGACAUGGCUGUUUUUGUGCAUCCGCUAGGCUACGAGCUCGCCAGGGAGAACAAGAGAUGGGCCAACUACUGGUCUGCUUGGCUGAUUGGGAUGCCGAGCGAAACGGCUCUCGCACUGCACGCAGUCGUCUCGUCUGCCGUGCUCGUCCGCCACCCCAGGCUGCGUCUCUGCUUCGCCCACGCCGGCGGCGCAUAUCUCCCUCUCCUUGGGCGUAUUCAGCACGGCUACGACUGCCGGCCUGAUCUGGUUGCUCACAAGGCCGAGGGCGUAUCGCCGACACGUCAGGUGGCCCUUGGUCAGAGGAACAUCUGGAUAGACAGCCUGGUGCACGACCCGGACCUGUUAGAGUACAUGUGCAAGAAGAUUGGGCCGGAACGUGUAAUUAUGGGUAGCGACUAUCCGUUUCCGUUAGGGGAAGUCCCUCUUCCAGGACAGAUGAUAUCUACGGACGAGCGGGUGAGGGGAUUCUUGUCCGAGGAGAGGAGAGAGGCAAUGUUGUGGCGGAAUGCGGUUGAGUUUUUGGGCUUGCACGAUUUGGUGAGGGAGUACAAGUAUUGA